AUGAAGCAACUGCUUGGUGACAAGUACCAAGCCUUCGACGCUGAUCUCUUCAAGCAACUGUUCUACCAGCGCCUUCCUCCUGCCAUCCAGCGUAGCCUCUUCAGCGUCAAGGACACUUUGAAACCUGACGCCAUCGCUAAGUUGGCAGACGACUUCCUGGCGAUUCUUCCUGCAACACCUGCUUCUCCUGUGUCUUCUGUCACUACCACACAGAAUGACACCCAGUUGUCUCACCUUACCAAGCUCAUCUCUCAGCUUACCACCGAGGUUAACUACUUGAAGAAGCAACUGCAUGAUGGCCGUCGCUCACGUUCCUCCACUCCUCGCCGCCUCCAGCGCCGCUCCCGUUCUAGGAGCCCAGGUCUGUGUUGGUACCACAACAAGUUUGGUGCCAAGGCCAACAAGUGCGUUUCCCCAUGCACCUACAACACGUCAAACACCAACGGCGAGCAGUGA